AUGCCUCGGGGCCAGCGCUCAAAGGCACGCCAGACGCAGAAUCAUCAGGGCAACCGCCACCAUGGGCCCUUCUUCCCCGCCAGUGACAACCAAACCACUCCUCGUCCGAGUACGCGGCCCAGGAGUCUGGCACCCGUCGGCAGAAACACAGACAUGGCCGUCGGGCCGAAGAACCCAGAUGCGACGCUGCAACCUGUGAUUCGGGUGCCGCGCCGGGCGACCUCCGUCUGCGGCGUGCGGCGUGCGGCGUGCGGCGUGCGGCUUUUGCGGCAGGUGGGGCGAGCUCGGGCCCGGGCGGGCGGGAAUCUCCGACAGCUCGGCCGGAGCGCCGCCGCACGGCCCACCUUGUGGAAGCGCCCCCGGUUCCCGGGCGGCCAGCCACGUCAGCCGCUGGUUGCUGCCCGCUCUGUGCAGAAUGUGACGCCGCGCCGUGGUCAUCAUCUACUACGAGGCCAGCACCGCGAUGCCAGCUCCAGCGCUGAGAGCCGUCUCUGGUGUUGA